AUGAUAAGGACUUCGAAACGAACUGAGACCUCAGACCGCGUUAUUCGCACCGCUGAGGGUUUCGAAACCGAAGGCGAGACACGCUUCGCCAGCAGCAAGCAGCAAGAGUUGGGCGAGGCUCAGCACAAAGAAAAGACGAGGCAAAGAAGAGAGAAGAGAGUAAUUGAUGCAGCUGCCGUUGUUGCAGUCAGACGGUACAAAUACAGGUUUGGAAAGACUCCUGAUGGCUUGGACAGAAACUUGACAGGUUUGGAGAGAUUUUUAAGGGCUUGGGAAGAACUUGACAGACUUAAGAGCUUGGAGAGGUUUUGGAAAGACUCUAAAGAUCUUGAAAAGAGACUUGACAGAUUUGGAAAGAUCCUUAAGGUCUUAAAAAGAAACUUGCCAGGUUUUGGAAGACUCUUAAGAGCAGAGAAAGAAAUGACUGACAAGAUGGCUGUGUUUGGUGCUCCUCUCCUGCUGGUAAUCCUCGCCCUCUGGGGAGGACAGGUGUCAGCUCGGCAGAAUAUGUCACGUGAUGAAUGUAUCGCUGACGGGGGUGCGUGCGUGUCCCCCGGGAACUGCAUGACCCCCAACAGGGCUGCCGAGACUUGCAACGGAGGCUCCGUGUGUUGCAAUCCCACGGGGCUGGAAGCAUUCAAGCAAACACUCGAACUGGAUGGCUUCGAAGUCGACCUGCGAGGAUGGGACCCAUGCAGCGACAAGAAAUGUCUGGGGUGGUAUCGCGGUUACUGGACACCGAAUCCAGCGGAUUGUAUAAACAAAAGGAGGCUAGUGAUGCACUGUGUAAAUGCUACUACGGACUUGUGGUGCUGCGCUCCCCCAUGCCGGAGGAAGCGAAGUUGCAAAAGGAGGUGGGGUUAUUGCGUCCCCAGGAAAAGCCAUUGCCCCAGUGGCAAUACUAGACAUAGGAUGUGCGGAGGGAAGAUGUGCUUCUGCUGUCUCCCUCCUUUCCCAGCCCCGCCCUGUCCUUGGCCAGCACCAAAUAUCUCGAUCUGUGACCACGCAAUUUAUAACUUGGCGGGUGAAGGAGAUGCCGUUCAUGUCCACAGCCCUGAUUACAACCAUCCUUAUGCAAACAACCUUGACUGCAGUCUCCAAGUCAUAGCUCCAAGUAGUUGUCAAAUCGAGGUCUUUCUAUGCGAGGUGUCACUGGAGAAGUGCUUCUUCGACACUUUGACGAUCAAUAAUAACUUGUACUGUGGAAGUGUCGCCCAACAAGGUUGGGUGACAGCGGGAAACACGGCAUCGAUGCAGUUCCUCACCGACUUCAGCCAAGUUAAUCGUGGCUUCAAUGUGGCUCUGAGAGCAGUCAAUUGCUUUGAUUGUACAGAGGGACCAGUUUAUGAAAUGGGCUUCAACGCUACCAACAUCGUGACUGAUACUGGAGGCCGUCUCGUUUCUCCCGGUUUCCCUGAUAAUUAUACCAACAACUUGGACCUCACGACAAUAAUCACCGCUCCAGAUGGUUUUAUCAUUACUUUUGUCUAUUUAUUAUUCAACCUGGAACCUGAACCACCCGCGUGUGAUUUCGACUACUUGCUAAUCUACGAUACUACUCCUACUUUUCCACUGCCGUAA